GCAACCAAUUAAGCUAGCUAGUAGUAGGAUCGAGCUAAUCAAGUAGGUAGCACCAAUGGCGCUAAUCUCGGCAGUAGCAUUAGCAGUACUGGCGCUGGCGUUAGCGCCAUCGCAGGUCUCGGCUGCAGCCGCGGCGGCGGGGCAGCCCAACUGCAGCACCUUGUGUGGCAACGUGAAAGUGCCGUACCCCUUCGGCUUCGGGCCGCCGGACUGCUACUGGCCGGGGUUGAACCUCACCUGCGACACACGCACCCGAGGGGCGCCGCAGCUGCUCCUCGGUGACGGCACCCUCCGGGUCACCCAUAUCUCCCUAAAGAACCAAACAGUGCGCGUCAUCCGCACUGGCUCCAUCAAAAACAGCACCGACAUCACCUCCGAUCGGAAUAUCUCGUUCGACAGCUUCACGCGCUACGGCUACUGGCUGUCGAUAGGCAGCAACAAGCUCGUCCUCAUCGGGUGCAAUGUGAUGGUGUUGCUGGUCGGGGACGUGGACAACAAGACCCGCGUCAUCAGCGCCUGCGUCUCCAUCUGCGUCUCCGACAACGCCAUAUUCAGCACAAUCACGGGAGAGACCGGUAAGUUGUGCACCGCCACCGGCGUGGGCUGCUGCCAGACGGAUAUCCCCAUCGAAAGCAGCGCCGCCAUGGAGGUGCAGGUACGAUGGCUCAACGGUCGGAACAACAGAGAUGACGUGGCAGGGGUGCGGUCGUACGUGUUCGUCGCGGAGCAGGGGUGGUUGGAGGACCACGGACAAGUGGCAGAAGAUCUGUUACUUAGUACGAACCCGACCUCGAAAGCAUCGUCCGAAGUUCCGCUUGUCCUUGGGUGGGCGGUCACGUCGGGCCUAACGCCUGUGACCAUGAAUGACUAUGGUUGCCCCGGCGACGUAGUCAGCAGUCUCUGCAAGAGCAACCACAGCGAGUGCAACAUGAUGAAGAGUGGAUAUGUAUGCGACUGCCAAUACGGCUACGAUGGCAACCCUUACAUCACCGGUGCCGGCGGGUGCGAAGAUAUCGACGAGUGCGCCAACCCAACAGCCUAUUGGUGCUUCGGCGAAUGCACCAACACGGACGGGGGGUUCAAGUGCGAGUGCUCGUCAGGAUUCCAAGGCAACCCCUACGGACCCAACGGGUGCAUAGGUUUAAUCAUUGGUAUAGCUGUUGGUAGUGGGGCAGGCUCCAUACUUGUGGUUCUCAUUACAAUCUUCAUGACCCAAAGAUUUAGACAUAUGAGGGCAGUGAAGUUGAAACGAAAGUAUUUUAAGCAAAAUCGUGGACAACUAUUGCAACAAUUGGUAUCCCAAAGGGCAGACAUUGCAGAGAGGAUGAUCAUACCGGUUGAUGAGCUUGCAAAGGCAACAAACAACUUUGACAAAGCUCGUGAACUUGGCGGAGGAGGGCAUGGUAUUGUUUACAAAGGGAUUUUAUCAGACCUACAUGUCGUAGCGAUCAAGAAGUCAAAGAUAUCAAUACAAAACGAAAUAGAUGAGUUCUUAAACGAGGUAGCCAUCCUCUCACAAGUCAAUCAUCGGAAUGUAGUAAAACUUUUUGGAUGUUGCCUAGAGACAGAGGUCCCAUUGUUGGUUUAUGAGUUUAUUCCCAAUGGAACCCUUUAUCACCAUCUUCAUGUCGAAGGACCAAUAUCACUCUCAUGGGGCAAUAGGUUGAGGAUUGCAACAGAAACUGCUAGUGCUAUUUCCUAUCUUCAUUCAUCAGUUUCAAUCCCAAUAAUUCAUAGAGAUAUCAAGUCUAGUAACAUACUUGUUGAUGAUUUGUUGACAUCAAAGGUGUCAGACUUUGGAGCUUCAAGGUUCAUUCCGAUGGAUAAAACGGGGUUAACAACAAGGGUUCAAGGUACUAUAGGAUACUUAGACCCUAUGUAUUUUUACACAGGCCGCCUCUCUGAGAAAAGUGAUGUCUAUAGCUUUGGUGUCAUUCUCGUGGAGAUGCUCACUAGGAAGAAACCAUUUUCAUAUUUGUCCUCAGAAGGUGAUGGCCUUGUUGCACAUUUUGUUAGUUUACUUGUUGAAGGGAAUGUGGCCAAAAUACUAGACCCACAAGUUAAAGAGGAGGGAGGCAAAGAAGUCCAAGAAGUGGCCGAGCUUGCAGCAUCAUGUAUAAAGUUAAGCGGUGAGGACCGACCUACAAUGCGACAGGUGGAACAUAAGCUCCAAAGCCUUCAAGCAUCUAAUAUGUCAUGGGCAGGGAAACUUGAGAAGGAUGGUAGCACUGUGAUGAACUGCUCGUCAAGUAAAGAAGGGCAGAAUAUGGAGGAAUCGAGCCGAAGAUACAGUUUGGAACAAGAAUUCUUGAUGUCUGCGAGGUACCCUCGUUAGGCAACUUAAUCUGUGCCUUAUGCAUUAGCAUAUAGAGAUUUAUAUAGUUUACUACCCUUAGUUUAUUAACGUGCAGUGUGAUGAUUUCGAGUAGAUUGUCUAUUUUUUUAUCAUUGUUUUUGUUUUGUUAGCAUAACUGCAUGUAUAUAGAUCAGGGUUGCUAGAUUGUGUUGGUGCUCGAUCUCCGGUCUUCAUUAAGUAUUAUGUAAGUUUGUGUGUAUGGUGAUGUAAGUGUGGUGACUUUGUCUUUUGAACUGAGAGGCUCCGUUCUCUUUCUUGUCUGUCGUUCCUAGUGGUGGACUGCUGGUCAAAGA